CGACAUUGCCCUCAUCAGACUCAAGACAGAGAUCCAGUUCCCAUCUGACAACAAAAUCGCCCUGUCUGCCUUCCAACUGCUGGUGAAAUGUAUGAUAGUGUGGAUGCCACAAUCACAGGAUGGGGAGCUCAACAGGAGGGAGGAUCCGCAUCGGGCACCUUGUUCGAAGUAACAGUGCCCACCAUGACAAACACCGAAUGCAAUACCAAGUACGGAGGAAGCAUCACUGACAACAUGAUCUGCGCAGGCAUUCCUGAGGGAGGCAAGGACUCCUGCCAGGGAGACUCUGGUGGACCAAUGGUGGUGGAAGAAAACGGCAAGUGGAAGCUGGUGGGAGUUGUGUCGUGGGGUUAUGGCUGUGCUCGACCUGAAAGGCCCGGAGUCUACGCCAGAGUUACCCAAUAUUUGCAAUGGAUUUCUGACUCAACAACCGGAGUCUGUGUCGAUGGGAACACACCUGCUCCUACAAAUGCCCCGACGACUGCCCCUACUACUGCCCCGACGCCUGCCCCUACUACUGCACCCACGCCUGCCCCUACUUCUGAUCCUAACACUGAUUGCCCUGGAUGUGGACAAGUCAACCGUGCCAACCGCAUUGUUGGUGGAGUAGAGACGGAGGUGAACGAAUAUCCCUGGAUGGUUUCUCUUGUCGACGGCAGUGGAUACUAUCACUUCUGUGGCGGUUCUAUCAUCUCCAGCCAAUGGGUCGUCACUGCAGCUCACUGUGCAGUAGGCAUGACCACCUCGGAUUAUGUGCUGGUGGGAGACCACAACCUGUACUCCGGAAGCGAAGCCAAUUCUCAGUGGAUGCAGAUUGCUGAAAUUGUGAAUCAUCCGUCCUAUGAUUCCAACACACUGGACAACGACAUUGCCCUCAUCAGACUCAAGACAGAGAUCCAGUUCCCAUCUGACAACAAAAUCGCCCCUGUCUGCCUUCCAACUGCUGGUGAAAUGUAUGAUAGUGUGGAUGCCACAAUCACAGGAUGGGGAGCUCAACAGGAGGGAGGAUCCACAUCGGGCACCUUGUUCGAAGUAACAGUGCCCACCAUGACAAACACCGAAUGCAAUACCAAGUACGGAGGAAGCAUCACUGACAACAUGAUCUGCGCAGGCAUUCCUGAGGGAGGCAAGGACUCCUGCCAGGGAGACUCUGGUGGACCAAUGGUGGUGGAAGAAAACGGCAAGUGGAAGCUGGUGGGAGUUGUGUCGUGGGGUUAUGGCUGUGCUCGACCUGAAAGGCCCGGAGUCUAUGCCAGAGUUACACAAUAUUUGCAAUGGAUUUCUGACACAACAACCGGAGUCUGUGUCGAUGGGAGCGCACCUGCUCCGACAAAUGCCCCGACGCCUGCUCCUACUUCUGAUCCCAAUUCUGACUGCCCUGGAUGUGGGCAAGUCAACCGUGCCAACCGCAUUGUUGGUGGAGUAGAGACGGAGGUGAACGAAUAUCCCUGGAUGGUUUCUCUUGUCGACGGCAGUGGAUACUAUCACUUCUGUGGCGGUUCUAUCAUCUCCAGCCAAUGGGUCGUCACUGCAGCUCACUGUGCAGUUGGCAUGACCACCUCGGAUUAUGUGCUGGUGGGAGACCACAACCUGUACUCCGCAAGCGAAGCCAAUUCUCAGUGGAUGCAGAUUGCUGAAAUUAUGAAUCAUCCGUCCUAUGAUUCCAAUACACUGGACAACGACAUUGCCCUCAUCAGACUCAAGACAGAGAUCCAGUUCCCAUCUGACAACAAAAUCGCCCCUGUCUGCCUUCCAACUGCUGGUGAAAUGUAUGAUAGUGUGGAUGCCACAAUCACAGGAUGGGGAGCUCAACAGGAGGGAGGAUCCACAUCGGGCACCUUGUUCGAGGUAACAGUGCCCACCAUGACAAACACCGUAUGCAAUACCAAGUACGGAGGACGCAUCACUGACAACAUGAUCUGCGCAGGCAUUCCUGAGGGAGGCAAGGACUCCUGCCAGGGAGACUCUGGUGGACCAAUGGUGGUGGAAGAAAACGGCAAGUGGAAGCUGGUGGGAGUUGUGUCGUGGGGUUAUGGCUGUGCUCGACCUGAUAGGCCCGGAGUCUACGCCAGAGUUACACAAUACCUUGACUGGAUUUCGACCUCGACCGGAGGUGUCUGUCCGACGGCUGGUUAAUCCACCCAUUGGAAAGGUUGUCAGAAGCCAAAGCCCGGGCCAGGAGUACACUCUCGAAGGCACGGUGUAGACGAGGAGCUGGAAUUGGAUGUUUUCAUUCCUGUCUUCCAUGUUUUCUUUAGUUUGGCCAAGUUUCCUUUCUUUGCCCUUAUUUCUGUUUCUGGAUUUUCCAUAUCAGGAAAUAUUAAAUUUGUGAAUUGA